AUGGCACCGAAGAUGAAUAUUCUCGAGUACCGAACGGCGAAGUUGGAAGCCAGGAUGAACACGGUUGGCUUCGAAUCUGGCGGCAUGCCAAAGCGCAUGAUCGGCACGAAGGCGAACAACAUGGACGAUUACAGAAGCCGAUUUGAGACCAUGGGCCUGGCGUCCGGAGGCUCAGCGGCAAUGGCAAAGUCCAUGCAAAGCAACGCCCAGGCUGCCGCCCAGAAAGCGCAAGCAUUGGGCGAGGCCAUGGGUGCUGGCGGCGCCCGGGUUCCUUUGGUGCCCGACGCAGGCCGCACCAUGGAGAAGAUGCUGGAAAAGUUCGUGAACAGUCAGCUGGACAAAUACGCUGUCGCUGCGGCGGAGCGGCAGAACAAGGAGUUCAAGAAGGAAGAGAAGCAUGGAAAGAAGAAGGAGAAGAAGAAGAAGAAGGAAAAGAAAAAGAAGGAGAAGAAAGGGAAGAAGGACAAGAAGAAGGACAAAAAGAAGAAAAAGAAGAAGAAGUCUUCUUCUUCAUCCUCGUCCUCCUCGGGGUCCUCCUCAUCGAGCUCAUCCGGCUCCGGCGAGAAGGAGAACGAGGAGAAAGGCGGCGAAAUGGGCGCUCAAGAGGCGGCGUCUGCUGACUCCCGUGGCAAGGAGACGUCCGAGGAGUCCCCCUUGAAGUCCAAGAAGGAUAAGAAGGGCGACAAGCACGACAAGGAGAAGUCCAAAGGAGAAAAAAGGAAACACAAAGGCGACUGA